AUGGCAUCCUCUCUAAAGGUCCUAGGUCCUCUCUUGGCCCUGCUGUUCCCUCUAUGUGGGCUUCUUGUACACAGCCAGAACCUUUCCUGGAGGGAAUUCAUGAAACAGCACCACCUGAGCACAAACUGGGAAUUCAGCAAGUACAAAUGCAAUGAUCUGAUGAGGGAAAGAGGUAUUCCAAAAGACAGGAACUAUCACAUCUUCGUCUAUACCUUAUGGCACAAAAUUGAGCAUAUAUGCAUCAGGAACUGGAGAGAUCGCCACAGAAAUGUAUAUAUAUGGGCCCCAUAUCCCUUCAAAACACUCAAGUGCUACCGGGAGAAUAGCAAAAACAACUACAAAGAUGACAAGAGCUACAGCUACGUUGAAUUCCAUUGUGGCAUGAACGGGUUUGCUGAUGCCAUAGAGGACAUGCGGUUGUUAGAGGAGAUCAACAACUAGAAAGUUGACACAUACCCACAGGUUUUAGUGUUCAUUGCUUCCCAGGUGGUGGCCCCAGCCUACAUCAAGAGCCCUUGCAUUCAUGUGCUUAUGUUUUCCAACUACUGAGAGUUAUGUUUCACAUGGUUUCUUGCUAUCAUAACUUUGCCUAUGUUGUU